AUGUUUUUACAUAUCCUGGCUCACAAUCUUAAGUACAAGGUGAUACAAUUUAGUUACUAUAGAUCAAAAGAAACAAUAAGUAGACAAUUCAAUAAUGUCUUAAGAGAGAUAAUGAAAGUGAGCAAGGAUUAUUUGAAGUUUCAUACUUACAACCUGGAAGGUCUUGAUGCAAGUAGAUGGAGAUGGUUUGAGAAAUGUGUUGGAGCACUUGAUGGAACUCAUAUUCCAAUAACACUUUCUUCAGAAGAUAGGCCUAAAUAUCGUAAUAGAAAAGGUGAUGUCUCUACAAAUGUGUUGGUAGUUUGUGGUCCAGAUUUAAGGUUUAUUUAUGUGUUACCUAGGUGGGAAGGUUCUAUAGGAGAUUCUCAAGUAUUACGAGAUGCUUUACAUCGUCAAAAUAAACUUAAAAUCCCAACUGGUAAGUACUCUCUUGUGGAUGCGGGAUAUACUAAUGGUCCUGGAUUUUUAGCACCAUAUCGUGGGACUAGAUAUCAUCUCAAUGAGUGGAUUGGGAACACCCCUCAAACUUACAAGGAGUUGUUUAAUCUUCGUCAUGCAAGUGCAUGA